GUUAUUUAAACACUGUGUUUGGGCAGAGCGACUAACACUUGCACCAUGUCGCUGUCUCUGCUGCUGCUGCUGCUGCUGCUGGGCAGCUCCCAGACAUCUCAUUUUGGUGGAACGGUCAUGACCUUCCACCCAAAAGACCGCAGCCCAGAUGGAUCGGUCACGGUCGUCCUUCGCUAUAAGCUGAACUUCUACUUUCGAGGCAUCAGCACGUGGAAUUGCAUCAGCGGGAACUGUGGGACUCAGAGUUCUUUGACGCUGAACAGAGUGUACCAGGACAGCAGCAGAGACUGGUUCCAGGAUGAGGGAGUCAUGACUCGGCAGGUUCCCGACAGCGGUCCUUUUCAGCUGCGGUUGGACGGUGGUAACUGGAUAAUUAACAGAAAUGGCAUCACAGUAUGGAGAGCCGUGACGCUGGUCGAUCUGAGGAACCGUUCCGACACCAGCAGGGCCAACGCGUCACCUCAGACCACCGUCCUGCCAGUUGUGAGAGUUCCUUCAAACUGUCAGAGAGAUUUCAACCUGUUGGCGUUUGACCCUGACGGAGACGAGGUUCGAUGCAGAUAUGGAAACACAUCGCUGUCAGAGUGUAGCCCCUGCACGCCAGCGUCUGUCCUCAGCCUCUCACCGUCGUGUACUCUGUCAUUCAACGCCACCAACAGCAGUAAUGAAGGUCCGUACGCAGUCCAGCUGGUGAUGGAGGACUUUCCCAGACAGACGAUCUCCCUGAAUCAAAGCAACGGGGUGCAGACGACAAUAACUACAAACAACUCUAUGAGCAAAAUACCUGUCCAAUUUAUUCUACAGGUGGAUCCUGCGGUGCCAUCCUGCACAGAGGGACUGUAUUUGCCCAUGUUCCUGCCUCCAACACCGGCCAACAGAGCUCGACUUUACACCCCCGUCAAUCAGACCCUUGACAUCAACAUUAAAGCAGCUGCAACUUUCUCCACGGUCUCUGAGCUGCUGUUCAGCGGGCCGCACAACGUGAACCAGACCAGCUCAGGACCAGGUCAGUUUACGCUGAGCUGGACGCCGUCUCAGAGCGAAGAUGGAGAGAGCCAACCCAUCUGCUUCAUCGUCCAAGCACUUUCCAAUUCAACAAAGUAUCACUCUGAGCUGCGAUGUGUCAUCGUAAGUGUUGGAAACGAUCCAUCAUUUCUCACAAGUACAGCCGAAGUGAUUUCAAAAACUCAACGAAGAACUCUACGAGAAGUUUCACCAGGGGUCGAACCUAGGACCGUCAUUUCUACCACUUCACCGGGACCUCCACCAGGGACCGAACCUAGUACCAUCAUUACCGCCGUAACCCCUACAACUUCACCGGGACCUCCACCAAUGCCCGAACCUAGUACCAUCAUUACUACCGCAACCCCUACAACUUCACCGGACCUCCAACAGGACCGAACCAAGUUAUCAUUACCGCCAAACCCCUACAACUUCACCAGGACCUCCACCAAUUACCAUCAUUACUACCGUAACCCCUACAACUUCACCUGCGACUCUCCAGGACCGAACCUAGUACCAUCAUUACCUGUCAACCCUACAACUUCACCACGACUUCCACCAGGGACCGAACCUAGUACCAUCAUUACCGCCGUAACCCCUACAACUUCACCGGGACCUCCACCAAUGCCCGAACCUAGUACCAUCAUUACUACCGCAACCCCUACAACUUCACCGGGACCUCCACCAGGGACCGAACCUAGUACCAUCAUCACCGCCAUAACCCCUACAACUUCACCGGGACCUCCACCAGGGACCGAACCUAGUACCAUCAUUACCGCCGUAACCCCUACAACUUCACCGGGACCUCCACCAAUGCCCGAACCUAGUACCGUCAUUUCUACCACUUCACCGGGACCUCCACCAGGGACCGAACCUAGUACCAUCAUUACCGCCGUAACCCCUACAACUUCACCGGGACCUCCACCAAUGCCCGAACCUAGUACCAUCAUUACUACCGCAACCCCUACAACUUCACCGGAACCUCCACCAGGGACCGAACCUAGUACCAUCAUUACCGCCAUAACCCCACAACUUCACCGGGACCUCCACCAGGGACCGAACCUAGUACCAUCAUCACCGCCAUAA